AUGGAGAGAUGUGCACUCGAAGAAACCCGCAAUCAGCAGCAGCAGCAGCAGCAGCAGCAGCAGCAGCAGCAGCAAGAAGAAGAAUGUGGGGGUUUAACUGAGAGACACUGCGAGGCAGCAGACAUCCGCAACAUCGGUGCUUCGCUCACCGCUCUCCACAUCUUCACAUAUCCAAUUCAAACACUGCAAAGCCGCCUUUUAUGUGCGCGUUAUUUGUCUCCUGUUGUGAUUCCUGUCUUUGGAGCGUAUGCGAGCGACAAAGCAGCAGCAGCAGCAGCAGGAGCAGCAGGAGCAGCAGCAGCAGCAGCAGGAGCAGCAGGAGCAGCAGCAGCAGCAGAAACAAGAUGUGGGGUCCCUGUUGUAGUGCAGCAGCCGCUGCUGCUGUCUUUAGGUCCUUCGUUAACAUUAAAUGUCUUUGCUUUGCUUGCUCGAGGCCUUAGACUAGUCUACGACGCAGAAGGUGUUGGGGGGCUCUUCCGGGGGUUUGUGCCGUCUUGUCUGCACAGACUCUGCCGAGACACUUUGCAUUUUCUUUUUCUUCGCUACUGCUACAGAGAGACAGUCUUUUUAACCCGAGGUUUCUUUCGCUUGAUCGGGCGAACGUACAACUGCUUGCGGUGGAAGACCUUGGCGCCUCUCGAAGACAGCAGCAGCAGCAACAGCAGCAGCAGCAGCAGCAGCAGCAGCAGCAGCAGCAGCAGCAGCAGCAGCAGCAAUGAGGUUGUGAGGGCCAUUGGGAGUUUGCGUGAGCUGCCAGUUGGAGAAGAUGAAGAUGCAGCACUCCCCCCAGUGCUGCAGCAGCUGCAGCAAGAUCUGCAGCUGCAGCAGCAGCAGCAGCAGCACGAUCUACUGCAGCUGCACCAGCAGCAGCAGAAGCAGCAACAGCAGCAGCCCGCUUUGCUCUCAUCAGAGAUUUUGGCUUAUCCUUUGUUGUUGGUGGCGACGCGUUUAUCAGUGCUGGAGCUCCCAUUAGGCAAAAAACAAUCUAGCAGCAGCACCAGCAGCAAACGCAGCAGCAGUAGCAGCAGCAGCAGCAGCAAUCGCAGCAACAGCAGCAGCAAUACUCAUCCUGAUACCCUUGCUGCAGCAGCAGCUGUUGAAGAAGCUGCUCUCUUGGAGGCGCCAGUAACUGCUGCUGCUACUGCUGCUGCUGAUGCUUCUGCUCUUGCUGCUGCUGCAACCCAGCAGCAGCAGCAACAGCAGCAGCAGCAGCAAGACAAGGGUGAUGACGCUGCUGUAGGGAAGCGACUGCAGCAACUGGAAGAAUGUACUAUGAGGGCUUGGCUAUCUGCCAUCUUGGGUACUGCGGCGGCGCCUCUUGCGCAGUUGUCUGUCAUCCAAAGGUGUCAGUCUAGAAUCGAGGGGCUGUGUCGGCACCAGCCGUGGUUUACUCUUCUCGCAGGGAUGCCGUGGAAGGCCUUGGCCUCAACUCAGCGGCGGCUGGCAGCAAUAGAGAGCGAAGCCGAAGAAGGCGAACGAUGGCCCCCUAGCUAG